CUGAUAACAUACAUGUGAAAGUGUGUGGCUAGUUUGAUCAGCUUAUUUAGUUGUAGAGUUUAUUUUUCUCGGUUUGUUUGACUGUCAGUGGUUGUAUUUCCGGAUGCGGAGUCACUCUGAGAAGGGGCUCGUUGUCAGCGACAUUAUAAAGUGAAGAAGUGUGAUACUAAAUGCUGCCGGUCAGCUCUCUGCUGACAGCAGCUAACGAGCUAACAGCAGCAGCUAGCUGCUAGAAAACAGCAGACAGACAGCAGUCCUCUGAGCUGCUCACACAUGGCUGAUGACAGCGUGAAGAGCGAAGUUUCAGCCCAGAGGGAAGAGGAGAAUGGAGAUAGUAAGAGCAAUGAGAAGACAGGCAGCGCUGAUGGGGAAACUGCAGCAGAGAAGCAAACUGUGUCCAAAAGGCAAAGAAAGAAGCUCCUGAAGCAGCAGAAAUGGGAAGAAGAGAGGGAGCUCCGGAAGCAGAGACGGAAGGAGAGAAAGCAGCAGCGCCGGCUGCAGAGGCACAAUCACCAGGAGGAGGAGGGAGGAGAGGCUCUGAAUUUCCGGAAACGUCCACGCAGAGAGGUGACGCCCAGCUCACUGAGGCUGGUGGUGGACUGCAGCUUCGAUAACCUCAUGCUAAUCAAGGAUGUUGGCAAGCUCCACAAACAGAUCCAGCGGUGCUACGCUGAGAACAGACGAGCUUCACAUCCAGUGCAGUUUUAUCUGACGAGCCUGGGUGGACAGCUGAAACAGAGCAUGGAUGAAAAGGACAAAGGAUGGGUCAACUGGAAGGACAUCACCAUUAAAACAGAGCACUACAGUGAGGUUGUGGUGAAGGAGGAGCUGGUGUACCUGACGUCGGACUCUCCCAAUGUGCUGGAAGAACUAGACCCCAAAAAGGCCUACGUGAUAGGAGGCCUGGUGGACCACAACCACCAUAAGGGGAUCACCUUUGAGAAAGCGAAGGAGCUGGGGAUCGACCAUGCUCAGCUUCCUCUGAGCAGUUUUGUCAAGAUGAACAGUCGGAAGGUUCUGGCAGUCAACCACGUGUUUGAGAUCAUCCUGGCGUACCUGGAGAAGGGCAGCUGGAAGGAUGCCUUCUUCACCGUCCUGCCUCAGAGGAAAGGUGCUGUGGCUGUGGACAAGGAUGGAAAAAGUACUCAGGAAAAAGAGGAGGACAUUUCGGACUCUGACUCUGACCCCGACACACCGGACCAAACUGAGAAGAGAGCAUCAACAUAGUUCAAAUGGACAACUUCAGUCAAAGCUCAGAUGUUGUUAUGGGAGAGUUUGAAUAUAUUGAUGCUCAGGCUAUGCUCAAUAGAGACAUGUUUCUGUUCACUUAGCAUCUGUUUCUUUGAAAUUUUGAGGAGCCUUUCUUUUCUUUUUUUUUUUAACCAGCUAUUUAUUGGAAGUUUUACGUUGUGCCUCCUGUAAUCCUGUAAUGGGUAAGAAUUCAGUAACACAGCUCAUGAAAAUUUCAGUUUUGCUACAGUUUUUGGCAGACUAAAGUUGUUCUUACAGAAAAUGAUUUAUACUUGAAUUUUAAUUCCUUUUUUUUGUAGCUCAAUAGCUAGAGCUGGAGGACUGGUGCUGAAUUGUUAGAGCAAAGAUAAAGUCAACAAAUGAACAUGAUUGUUACUGGCCCUGAAGUUU